CCAUGAUUCCAUGUUGGAGAGAUUGGCGCGCAUCGCUUCGGCUCGUCAACCGAUCACACUGACGGCGACCUUGUCCAGGGACAUGAAAGGGGUUCAAUACCUGCACGAUGCGACAUCGACAACGCCGUGGUAUAUAUAAAUCUCAACGGCCUGGCGCUCGCUUCUCCCGUUCUGGUCCUGCUCUUCAGCCCUCGCUCAGGUUGCCCAACAUAACAUUCGCUUUUUGGAGACACUACUCUCGCUUAUACCCGUAUCAGACGCUCCCGCUCCCGCCUAAUCCUUUCUCCCCCCACUCAAAACCUUCAAGAUGCGCUUCUCCGUCGCCGCCGUCUCCGCCGCCCUCUUCGGCGCCGCCCUGGCCGCCCCGGCUCCCCAGGCCGACGCCGGCGCGACCGAGACCGUCGUGAUCCAAAAGUUCGUCUCCACCAGCAAGGGCGCGACCACGGGCAGCCCCGUGGUCUCCAUCAGCUUCCAGCUCGUCUCGCACCGCGAGGCCGGCGUCAAGGCCUACGUCUGCGAGGCCCACAACCCCAACGGCAUCACCCCGGCCGACGUCAACCAGUGCGCCGGCUUCCAGUCGUUCGACGGCUACCACUUCCAGUACCUCGACACCAAGACCGGCAACACCAGCCUCCGCGUCUUCCACCAGACCGCCCCGGCCUUCGGCCUCUGGGGCAACGCCUUCAUCCCGGGCAACUGCGGCAUCGAGGGCGACGCCCAGAUCUGCCGGAAGGAUUCGAUCAACGUUUCGCUGGCCCUCAACUAAGGGAGGAGGCCGCGAACCGUUUUGUUUUUCCCCGAGAGAACGUACAGGACGAGGGCAUUCCGAUGCUUCCUUGGGAUAUCUUAAUUAUAGGGCUUUAUCGCUUUAGCAAGUAGUGUCUCCUAAUCCAACUGGGCCUGCUCAACCCAACUUGCAUGCGUCCGA